AUGUACGCUGCACAACUCCGUUCGAAAGACGAGAUUCUGGCUAUUCGCGCCGCCGAGCGCCAAUAUGCCAAGCGUGUGCUGCUCGCGCAGGAGACGCUAAAAAUCGUUCGUGAAGAGCUAGCCACGUGCUACCGCGAGAACGGGGUAAACCACAAGACGGCCUGCAAAGGCGUCCGUGAAGAGUACGCCAAGCUCAUUCAGGACCCCACGCACGGUGCUGGCUAUCCGACACCACCGGAGUUUUAG